AUGAAUGUUGUCUACGAGGAGUCGGCCACGAAAGCCACCGCACAGAAGGCACAGCGUGAGCUGGAGUCGCAGCUGGCCGAGAUUCAAGAGGAUCUCGAGGCAGAGAAGGUGGCGCGCAGCAAGGCCGAGAAACUGCGACGCGAACUGGCCAAGGAACUCGAAGAGGGCAAGGAGCGACUCAACAAGGAUAUUGAGGCGCUGGAGCGACAGGUCAAGGAGCUGAUGGCGCAAAACGAUCGCCUGGACAAGAGCAAAAAGAAGAUCCAAUCAGAGCUGGAGGAUGCGAUCAUUGAGAUGGAAGCACAGCGCACCAAGGUGCUCGAACUAGAAAAGAAGCAGAAGAACUUCGACAAGAUUCUCGCCGAGGAGAAAGCCAUAUCAGAGCAGAUCGCCCAGGAGCGCGACACCGCCGAGCGUGAGGCACGCGAAAAGGAAACUGUAGAAUCAAAUCAGUUAAUGGAAACAAUGAUUGGCAAUUUCAAUGCGAUGAAGAAAACAGCUGAGUACCCAAUUCAACUCAAGAUCGUGCCGGAUGCCAACAUUAUGCUUUUUCGGCAGGCACCCAGUCGAAUUGCUGUUAGCGAGGCUGAAGCAGUAAAACAUCAAAUCAAUGAGUGGCUGGAUACAGGCGUAAUUCGGCAGUCCACAUCUAAUUUUGCUAGCCGCCUAGUUGUUGUCAAAAAGAUGGAUGUAACGACCAAGCAUGAGGAAGUUCUGCAGAAGCUGAGGAAUUGGUCCGACGUUUUCGGAAAUCCUUGCCGAAUCAUUAGCGAUCGUGGAUCGGCAUUUACUUCAGCUGCUUUUGAGUCGUAUGUUAAGGAGAAUGGAAUCGAACACAUUUGGAGCACCACUGGAGUCCCAAGAGGAAACGGCCAAGUCGAACGCGUUAAUCGCUCAAUUUUGGCCAUAAUCUCAAAGCUGUCGGCAGAUAAGCCCGACAAAUGGUUUAAGUUUGUACCAAAGGUGCAGCGAGUCAUCAAUGGUACCACACACAAAUCGACGAAACACUCACCAUUCGAGCUUAUGUUUGGCGUUAAGAUGAGAAAUGAUGCCGAUUGCAGAAUUCUACAGAUGCUAGAUGACGAAAUGUACAACAGUUUCGACGAGGAGCGACAGAAGACUCGGCAAGAAGCGAAAGAUGAAAUACAGCAUGCACAGGAUAACUACAAAAAGCGUUUGAUAAGAACAGGAAGAACGAACAUGGCUAUAAACUUGAGAUCUCGUUGCCAUUCGUCGUACGCAGUUUGUGGCUGGUAG